AUGCCUCCCGUCUACGCCAGAGCUAUUUUCGGCUCCUUCCCAACAGUUCAACAAGUUCGGGUCGAUCAUGGCGAGAAAUUUCUGACGGAUGCGAUGGAGGAGAUGGAUAUCAGGGCUCAAUCUCAAUCAAAACGGGUGAAAGUCGUGCCAUUCGAAGAGUUUGAACUGGUUUCCAACAGUAUGGGAAAUCGUGUUGAGUUCGAAAAUCAGAAGCAACCAUCUGAAAUAAUGAGACAAAUGCAAAUUCUCAGAGAAGAUGAGGAAUUAUGUGAUGUCGAGUUGAGUAUCGAUGGCUUCGUGAUUCGUGCUCAUCGAUAUAUUCUUGCUGCAGCUAGUCCAUAUUUCAAGGCGAUGUUCACAAAUCGGAUGGCAGAAAUGAAAAAGAUGACAAUUGAGUUACAAGACAUUCCUCGAGAAUCCGUCGAAAUCCUGGUGAACUACAUCUACACUGACAAAAUUGCGAUAACUAUCCAUAACGUGCAUCAGCUUAUUUUUACAGCUACAGUACUCCAGAUGGACGAAAUCAUCGGAGCAUGCCAAGAAUUUCUCGCAACAAUGAUCACUUCUCACAACUGUCUUGCCCUUCAUCAUUUUGCCGAAACCUACAAUUGUACAACUCUCAUAUCCUCAACCGAUGACUUUGCCGCAGAUAAAUUCUCGUGUAUUCGAAAAAGUCCAGACUUCAAAACUAUCUCGUUUAGUCAUUUGAAACGACUUCUUAAUAGAUAUGAUUUGAAUGUUUGUGAAGAACAAGAAGUCUUCGAAUCGAUCAUUUAUUGGAUUGACUCAGAUCCGAAAGAGAGAUUACAGUACCUUCCGGAGCUGUUUGAAACUGUGAGACUUCAUUUAAUCGAGUGGAAUUACCUCUGCGAAGUGAUAAAACCAAAUCGAUAUGUCAAAGAAAGUCGAGAAUGUCGAGAUAUUAUCUCAUUGGCUGUAUUCGAGGCAAUGUCAUUUCAGAAGAAUAAAAAGAAAGAGAAGGAUUCAAAUGUAUAUGAAGAUAAUCAUGAGAACACUUUGGAAUAUUCUGCAGCUUCUAUGUCAGAAUCCGUGCAGUCAUUGACCACAACCUUCCCAGUUCUUUGUUCCCUGAGUCCUGCUCCCUCCAAAAUACGGAAAUCAGUAGCUGGAAUCAUAUUCUGUGCAGGAGGUCGUGGAACCGCUGGUGGCCCAUUCAGUAGUGUUGAGGCAUACGAUUGGAGAAAGAAUCAAUGGUUCCCUGUACCUGAUAUGAUGUCGAAACGAAGACAUGUUGGUGUUGUGAGUGCUCAUGGAAAUUUAUAUGCGAUUGGAGGACAUGAUGGAGAUAGUCAUCUGGCGACAGCAGAAGUAUUCAAACCUUCCAGUAAUCUGUGGAAGAGAAUUUCUUCUAUGAAGACAGCCAGACGAGGUAUUGCAGUUGCAUCGAUUGGAGCUGCAAUAUAUGCAGUUGGAGGAUUAGAUGAUACGACGUGUUACAAAACCGUUGAGAGAUAUGAUAUAGAAUCAGAUGAAUGGAGCACAGCAGCUGAUAUGAAGGUUCAAAGAGGAGGAGUAGGAGUGGCCGUUCUGAAGAAUUAUCUGUUUGCAAUCGGAGGAAAUGAUGGAACAUCUUCAUUGGAUACUUGUGAACGAUUCGAUCCAUUAGUUGAUAAAUGGAAAAUUAUUGCUAGAAUGCAGUAUCGAAGAGCUGGAUCAGGAGUAUGUGUUCUCGAUGGAUAUUUGUAUGCAAUUGGAGGAUUCGAUGAUAAUGCUCCACUGGCUUCUUGUGAAAGAUAUGAUGCAGAUAUUGAUAAAUGGCAUACACUGGCCAAUAUGGCUAGUCCAAGAGGCGGAGUUGGUGUUGCAGCGAUGGGAGGAAAAGUGUAUGCAAUUGGUGGACAUGAUGGAUCGAGGUACCUAAACACGGUUGAAUGCUAUGAUCCAGUCACUAAUUGCUGGCGUGAAGCUGCAGAUAUUCAAGAAUGUCGUGCAGGUGCUGGAGUCGCAUGGGCAAAUGUUCGAAUACAUCAACUUGGACGAUCAUCCUCCAACAUGUGUGAUUCUGGAUGUGCCCCAUCUGGAGGUGCAUACUGUAUCUAA